CGCCCACAUCCUUGAGCGAUAUGCAUGCGCGAUGCUUCCGCGCGGUCACCUCGCCCAUAUUACAGUAUUCCUAUGAGCGAAUUCCCUUUCACCACGGAUACCCAUAAAUUAAUGACACCCUCAUCCAGAAUUGACUCAGGUUCUUCGCGCCACGAAGACGGAGCUUCUAUCUGACAAAUGCGAUGAACUACCACAUAUCUAUCCGCCCGGCGCAUGCGAAAGGCCGUAGUGUCACUGCUCUGAGCUUCUGUUGUUCGAUGGCGAUGUGUUUUCCCUAGUAUCAUCAAGGGUGGGAACGCGGGCCUCACAGCAAGCAGCUUGUCUCCUACACCCAUCCCCUCAGCAACCCAAACGCUCGUCGACGAUGGACGAUCCGCACGAUCCGCCCGCCUCAAGCGGUAGAAAAACGUUCGGAAUUCACAAGUAUAAUCCCGAGUACUGUCUAGGUUCGGGGGCGCAGCGCGAGAACAAGCAACGCGGCUGCGAAGGCAAAUACGAGGACGACGCGCUUUACGAAGAACUCGGGGACGAUGCGCGCAUCUGGCGUGUCAUGCUGGACGAGGGUCGGAUCAACGACGCUGCGAUGCUGCAGCGCUUUCGCGACCAUCUCGACGUGGACCUCGUUUUUGCCGGUUUGUUCUCGGCCGUCGUCACGACCUUCGUCGUCCAGACAUCGCAGACGCCCCCCAAAACUGGCGACACUACCAUCGCUCUCCUACUGGAAAUGAUUGCCAUUCAGCGAGCGUGGGCAAACGACCCUCGUGUGGAUGACGUUGCCUCCUUCAGCCCUCCCCCGCCGUCGCCUAGUCCCAGUCCCUGGAUCAAUCGCUGCUGGUUCCUCAGCUUGAUCUUCAGUUUGUUAGCUGCCUUUGGCGCCGUAGUUGUCAGGCAAUGGUUGCAGGAGUACGAGAGCGACAUCGCCGGGUCUCCGAAGCGGCGCGCGCUCGUCCGCCACUUCAGACGCGUCGGCUUGGAGAACUACAAGGUCCACCUGAUUGUGCCGAUCCUCCCCAUGCUCCUGCACGUCUCGCUGCUACUGUUCUUCAUUGGACUCACUCUCUACGUGCGCCAGUCUGAUCGCUCCAUGUCGAAUGGGAUCAUCGCACUCACCGUCAUAAUACUACUUGGUAUACCUGGCGACGAAUCUCAUGCCAGUCUUUCGCCCCCAGUGUCCAUAUCGAUCCCCGCUUUCCACGGACGUGCUCGCCUCUCUCACUCUCUCAAGUCAAUCUUCUCUACCCGCGCCAAGGCGGUCAAGCUCCGACUGGAACGAGCGCACACAAUCGUUUGCGACCAAUCACGUAUCAUUUGGAAAGUACUGCAGAACGGUUGGAAGGAGGUCUUUAAGACACCCGACGCCCGUGAAUGGGAGGCCGUGCUGAACUCUACCGACACGUUGAUGCCCGACAGCCUUGACUCGAUGGUUCAGACAUCCUCAGACUUAUCCGUCAUCCCACUUGUUGUGCAGGCCGCAUCCAGUCUUCCAAUCAACCAUGCUCGUUAUGACGACCGUGCUUAUGCGGAUCCGCGCUACACCGAGCUCCUCCGUUAUCGCCUUCUUCCUUGGUUCAUCAAUGCACUGAGUACAUGCCAUACGGUCUUUGACUGGGUGCCAGGUCGAGAGAACGAACUCCAGCGUAUGGCAUGCACUCUGUUGCUCGUCCCAACUCUGCGAGAAUCUUCGAGACUUUUAACUCUGUCGUGGAAGGAAAUUGACAUGGCUCAAUAUUGCACCACACACACGGCUACAAUGGCCAAUUUGGCCACACUGAGCAUGACUCUUCUUGCUCUCGAACACCGACUCAUCAGCCUUGACUCCGAGUCGAAGCACCCUCGCGAUGAUGCACUUCUGGAAACUAUUGCCGAUGCAUAUUCAUCACUCUCCGAGACAAACUCGCUCACGGUGUUGCGUCUCCGCCCCGUGAUUUGGAGAGAAGGGUUGGAUCUCUUGGGCUGGUCGGGGCAAUCUGCAUAUAUCUUGUCGCGCUGUUCGGGGAGGUCUGCAGACAACAAAGCCUAUCUUGCGAUCGCUCUGUGGCACAGUCUGUAUUCUGAGGCACCACUUCCGAAUAACGAUGACCAAGUAAAAAAACGCCUCGCUGGAUCAUCUCGUGUUACCUUGCAAGAGUGGCUAUACCUGCAUCCGGCCUCCAAGUUCUCGCAGAAGGUGGUAUACUCCUUAUAUGGUCUUUCGUGCAGUCAGUCCUGCAAAUCGGAUAAGCAUCUGGUUCCAUACCGUGGACUACAUCGACACAUUCGCUUACACAUGAUGGGCCACGCAAUCGACGCGCACGUCAAGAUGGGUAACGUCAAGGGAGAUGCAUCCUGUGACGAUACCCUUGGCUUCCUGGUCAUUCGAUUUACUGAGGACUUGCUUCAAACUCACUUUUUUGAGCCAAUCACCUCUGCAUUGCAUAUCAUUGGAUACGCGAAAGUCUCAGCCCUGUUCAAGUCAACAUUCCUUGCUCGGGCCACUCUGCCACUCGCGAGCUGUGCAAAGGCAGUACGCUUACCCGCGACCCUCGCCGUAUCGUUGUUCUGGUUCCUGAUCAAGACCAUGGUAGCAGUUGAAAGGGCUGCCGUACGCUUCGUCCCGCUGGCAGGCUGGAGUUGCGCUGUCUCCGGCAUCUUCCGCGUGCUGAAUCGACUUACAACUGAAUAUUGUGGAGAACUAGCGAACACCCUUGGUAACGACGACGUAUCUCUCAUAGACCUCCAGCUGGUCUUUGAAAAAAUCAUGGAGGAUCCCAGGCUUGCCGUUCUGGACCUUCCAGACGCUUUAGCAGCAUCUUUAACCACACAGCUCAGCAAAGUGACAGAUCUGACACCAUCCGACUGGUUUGCAGAAAAUAUGACAUGGUGCCUAUAUUUGGACGUCCUCUGUGCCGCGCGUGCCAACACAAAACAACUCGACAGGAAGUUUCCUGAUGCAUCGCGCAAGUUGCACUCGACGUUGUCAGGACUGAAAACGCGGAGAAUUGAGUUCACUCGGAAGCUCGACGCCGGUUUGUAUCGUAUUCCACUCGCCGUGUCCUUGGCGCUCAGGAGCGCGCAUGGUCAAAGCGUGCUAGCAGAGUGGGUAGAUGAUUUGCCCAGCCUAUUACAGGACCCGAGGUCUGGGUUGAAGGUUCCGGGUCCGUCAGACUCGACUCUUAGAGAAUGCUCUCAUCACUUCACUAAUAAGCCAUACACGCAAAAUGGCUACCCCCACGAAGAUUGGCACAAGGAUGAUCGGUGGCACAUAUCCGAGAUGGUCACCUUCGAAGAAGCUGUCGAACGGAUGCAGAAGGCCGCCGCUGAGCCCGCCGCGGUACACCCACAUAACGCACAAAGAAGCUGGCUAAGUGAUGACUCUGAGUCUGUCAUUGACGACUCUGCUAGCGAGUAUGACAGUCUCGAUGGUCAAGGAGACGCCGAACAUACGCAGAGCCAGAUCAUCGCCCGACUCAGAGCCCUCGGCGCGUGGAUACUCCCCCCAAUAAAGGGUGCUCGCGCACGUAUAUGUGCGCCUGUCCUUGCCGUCAUUCGAAAACCCUCUCAAAUGACGGUACGUGCAACAGCGAGCAUGCCCUGUCCUCUUCGUCGCGGUGAGAGCGACCGUCGUCCGUCGUCCAUGGUGCUCGACGAUAUAGAGAGCGGCCGCGCAGGCCUAGCGGUGGCGGACCGAAAUGGAGGUGGCUCUCCCAUCUCGGUCAGUCAGCCGGUAGGACGCGAGGACGGCGACGCAGGCCUGGCGACGAUGGAGCAUGGCGGCCGCGAGUCGCUCAUACGAGCGGGGGAGUCGGAGGAAGGACAGGGUGGCAUGCGCGCUCGGGACGGCGGGCGGAGCCGGGACGGCGAGCAAGGUCAGGACAGCGAGCAGAGUCGGACGCGAGAGACGGUGGAGGGAAUGAGCGCGCCCAUGGAUGCGGAAGACGGAGGGACGACCAGCGCGAGCGAGGUUCCUGAUGCCGGACAAUGCGGCGAGCGGCGGCGAGGCGAUGAACAGGGGCGGGUCGACAAGCAGGAUGAGGACGACGAGCAGGAUCAUGACGGCGAGCAGGAUCAUGACGGCGAGAAGGGGAGCUGGGACGGCAAGCAGGGUCAGGGCGGCGAGCACGGACGGAAUGAUGAACACGGACAGGAUGGCGAGCAUCCUCAGGACGGCGCGCAGGAUCGGGACGGCGCGCAGGAUCGACGCGACGAGCAGGAUCGGGACGGCGAGCAGAGCCAGGACGACGAGAUGACGCACGUCCAGUCACGAGACACGGAGGUGGAAAUUCGUGCGCGCGAGGACGCGGGCUAUGAAGGCGGGGACUAGGGCUGACGAGCGCGGGGACUAGCGCUGGCAAGCGCGGGGACUAGCGCUGGCGAGGCCGCUGGGUAGUAACCCUCAGGAGGACGCUGGGGAGUACCGCCCUCGAGGACGCUGGAGAGCAGCGCCCGCAGGCGGCGCCAGUGGAAGAGCUGCAAUAGGCGAUGAGCAUGAGUUUAAUUUAACGACAGACUGGAAGAUACAUACACGAUGGAUUGGAAGAUAUAUACACGACGGACUGAAAGAUACAUACACGACAGACCCGUAUCCGCGUACGACGCUUGAACAUUGCGACUCUUUCUCGAGCUACAUACGAGCUUGCGCCCUAGUACUGCAUCUUGUCCUGUAAAUUCCCGAGUUACUGCGUUUCUGGCCGUCCGCGCCUUCGUCGCUAG